AGCGACUUCACGGACAACGCAUAUUUUUCCCGCGCUUACCACACGCGCGCGCGUCACUCGCCGGUGUGGGCGGGUCCUGACAAUAGGAAAAUAGAAAUCCUUCGAUUCUCAAAGUCGCCGAGAGAGCGAGAGGGGGGGCUCACACACGCGUCCAGUCUCGCCUGCAGGAACACCCGCGUUGCCUCCUACAGAUGAUCUUCAGCACGAGAUGACAAGAGACACAAUGGAAUCCAUCCCUCCAUCACGCAUUCAACAGUAUGUUACCACAGCAUCAGCAACCAUGGGCGCCUUAGCCCUCGGAUCAGUCAUAGGCUUCACCACGCACUGUGUCGCCCAGCUGAUUGCAGAAAGCCCGCCAAAUUCGAAUUCCGACCUACGCAUAACGCCUCCUGAAGCCAGUUGGUUCGCGUCGUCUGCUAAUUUGGGGGCAGUUGUGGGAGGUCUGAUUGGCGGGUUGGCAGCCAAUCACAUCGGUCGACGUGGCACACUCCUUGCCGUGGCUCCGCCCUUCAUCGCAGGCUGGUUGAUGAUUGCAUUGGCCUACAAUUUUGCUCUCCUGAUCGCCGGCCGUGUGCUGACUGGGGUCUGUAUGGGGGCAGUGUGUUCCGUUGCUCCUCCUUAUAUUGGGGAGUUUGCGUCAGCUGAUAUACGGGGUACAUUAGGCAGUUGUUUUCAAGUUAUGCUGACUACGGGAAUCCUCUAUGCUUUCUUCCUGGGUGCUGUGGUUGGCAAUUGGAGAAUACAAGCACUCUUAUGCAUGCUUCCGCCAGGUCUCCUUCUGGUUAGCAUGUACUUUGCCAAAGAAUCGCCAAUAUUUCUGCUCGCUAAAGGGAAAGAUGAGGAGGCGGAGAAAUCGUUGCAGUUUUUUAGAGGGAAGAACUACAACAUUCAGGAGGAAUUGAAAGUCCUGAAGGAGUCCAUCGAAGACGCCCAGAGAAAUAGCUUCUCCCUGAAGGACCUGAAGCAGUCUUACGUCCUGAAACCUCUCCUCAUAUCUCUGUCCCUCAUGUUCUUUCAGCAGACUACAGGGGUUCCAGCCGUGAUGUUUAACCUCACCACCGUGUUCAGGGCAUCAGGUAGUGCUUUAUCAGAUGACAUGAGUGUUAUUAUCAUCGGCAUAGUUCAGGUUCUUGCCACUGGCGGCGCUGGGAGUGGGAAUGGAGGAUUUUCGUUCGCCAACAGGACAUCCUCGCCUCUUCCUGACCAACGAGGUGCUCCUGUGUCCGCCAUUGGGGUUAUUCCUCUGGUUCUCCUGGUUGUGUUUAUCAGCGCCUUUUCCGUUGGCUUGGGGCCCGUGCCGUGGCUCAUGAUGGGUGAACUUUUCCCAUCAAAUGCGAGAGAAACAGCGGCCAGUCUCUCCACAGCCUGUAACUGGAUUUCGGCUUUUCUGAUAACACUUAUCUUUUAUCCGAUGACUACCAGCCUAGGCGAACACGGGACGUACUGGGUGUUCGGAUGCAUCUGCGUUCUGGCUUUGGCUUUCUCCGCCAGUGUUGUGCCGGAGACGAAAGGGAGAACGUUGCUGCAGAUCUCCGCGUAUUUUGGUGCUCCUGAUGGGGCGGGGGACACGGGAGAGGUGCUCAUUGCUUGUUCCGAAGUGAAGUUCUCCUUACAGUGUUGCUUGCUUCCGUUCUUUCCCAAUAUCCCGCAGAAAAAGGAACUCUUAAUGGAACAGUUACCAUGUCGGGAUUAUUAUCAUGAUGUUGAGGUGGAUGCAGAGCGGACAUAA